UGAGAGCAUUCUUUUUAGAAAUUCGCCUCACCCCUGCGGUUGAAAAGCGGACGGGACAGCAGCUUGCUGGCCUUCUUUUCCCGGGCGUUCUGCCUUGCCUCAUGAACACAGAAAAGUCGAAUAGAAUUGAAUCGAAUCAGUUCGUCGGAAAUGAGAACCCGUAGUAACUCUAAGCGUCUCAAGCAAUCCUCUGAUGAGGGGCUAGCGGCUAGCAACUCUCGCCUUGAUUCAGAAAGACAAAGCAGUUUUUCAGUGGAACAUAAUGAGACUCUAGAAAACAUAUCAAGAGAUUCAGUUCGGAAGCUUAUUAAAAAAGCAAAGUCACUUGGAGGUUCUAGAUUCUCAAAUGCUGAUGAUACUUAUCUGUACCCGUGUGGUGAUUCUUCAGGAAAGGGGAAUUAGUGAAUUAGAGUGUGCGCUCCACCUUUUCACCGAAUUUCGAGUUUGAGCAUCAUUUUAAAUAUUUUUAGUGUUUGCACUCUGAAGAUAGAAAAAUCGGUUAAUAAUUGGUUGCAAGCUCCAGUACUAAUGAGAUAUCGAGUGAAUUACAAUGUAAGGGCAAGCAACCUACGAAACCAGCAUUUGGUGCUAUUUCUGAUGGCAUGGACGUAAUGCAAAAUACUUCACCUGAAUUAAAAGCUGGUGGGAGAAAUUGUCAGCAUUUGAAACCUGAUAUUGAAGAAGAUGAACUGGAUUGGGAAGAUGGGUCAAUUCCUGCAUCUUCAGAAAAAGCUGGAGUAACCAUUGAGUUUGAUGUUCCAGAAGGUUCUGCUAAACGGAAGACUUUACGUCGUGUCACUGCUGAAGAAAAGGAUUUGGCUGAGCUUGUACAUAAGGUUCAUUUGCUUUGUUUGCUUGGGAGGGGGAGGUUAGUCGAUUGUGCUUGCAAUGAUCUUCUCAUUCAGGCUUCUUUACUUUCACUUCUUCCCACUCACGUGUUGAAGAUAUCAGAUGGACCAAGCCUUACCUCAAAGUCUCUAUCUCCUAUUGUUAGUUGGUUCCAUAAACAUUUCCGUGUUCGAGGUCCAAGUGCUACUAAGGAAUCUAUACACUUAGCCAUGAGAUCUACUAUUGCAUCUGGGGAAGGAAGCCUUGAAGUGGUUGCUGGUUUGUUUGUGGCACUGUUAAGGGCUCUAAAUAUUACAUCUAGGUUUGUAUCCAUAUUGGACGUGUCCCCUUUGAAGCCUGACGCGGAAAAACCUGAUUUAUUUAGACGGGCAGGUACUGAUAUAUUUAAAUCCUCAACAUUGAUGGUUGCUGGGUCAAGUCAUUCUCCUGAAUAUCCUGUUAGAGAUCUGGUAUCUAGUUACAAGAGAGGUGUUAGCAGAAGUUCCUCAAGGACCCCAAGUGAUGCAAACAAAACUAAGGGUGGGAAGCCAUUAGAAAAUUCAUCUAAAUCCUAUGAUUCAUCUCUUACUGAUACUAUGAAGCAUGGACUCUUGAAUCAGUCAGAGUCUGAUGCUCAGAUAGAACAAUCAAAGAGAAAAGGAGAUCUUGAGUUUGAGUUACAGUUGGAAAUGGCACUUUCUGCCACAGCAGUUGAAAGUGUUCGGGAAAAUUAUGUGCAACAUUUGGGAGAACCACUACACACAUCAUCAUCAAACCUUUCACCUUACAAAACGAAGAAUAAAAAGUUAGAAGAUUGUUCAGAUGGAAUUUCUACUGCUAUUGGAUCAAAAAAGGUAGGGGCCCCACUAUACUGGGCAGAAGUCUAUUGCAGUGGUGAGAACCUGACCGGAAAAUGGGUACAUGUAGAUUCUGUGAAUGCAAUUGUUGACGGGGAGCAAAACGUGGAAGUUGCUGCUGCUGCAUGUAAAAUUCCUUUGAUAUAUGUUGUUGCUUUUGCUGGAAAUGGAGCUAAAGAUGUGACCCGCAGAUACUGCACGAAGUGGUACAAAAUAAGGUCAAAAAGAGCAAACUCACAUUGGUGGGAUGAAGUAUUGGAACCAUUGAAAAAGAUGGAGGCAGGACUAGAUGAUUUAGGGUAUCUGAAUAAUGAAGUUUCAAGUACUGGAAAGGAGAGUAUGACGUCAGGGAAAGGAGUCAAUUAUUCAGAGGCAUCUGAAGAAUGUCGUAAUGAGAGGACAUACUCCCAGUCCUCUUCCAUGGCUUCUAUUCCUUCUCUUUCAAGGAGUGAUGUAGAAGAUAUGGAGUUAGAAACCAAGGCAUUAACUGAACCUAUACCAACCAAUCAACAGGCUUACAGAACGCAUCAUUUGUAUGCUAUAGAAAGAUGGCUUAACAAGUAUCAAGUACUUUAUCCUAAGGGGCCUGUUUUGGGAUUUUGUUCGGGUCAUCCUGUAUACCCACGAACUUGUGUUCAAACACUCCAAACGAAGCAAAGGUGGCUGCGGGAUGGGCUGCAAGUCAAAGCUAAUGAACCCCCAGCAAAGACUUUAAAGCAUUCUCAAAAGCAAAGAAAAGAAGUUUCUGGUGAAGAUGGUGAGAGUAGUGAGGGAGAUUCAGGUGGAACUACUGAACUUUAUGGAAGAUGGCAAACAGAACCAUUGUCUCUACCUCCUGCAGUCAAUGGCAUCGUCCCCAAGAAUGAACGUGGCCAAGUUGAUGUUUGGUCAGAAAAGUGUCUGCCUCCAGGAACUGUUCAUUUGCCAUUGCCAAGGGUAUAUCUGGUAGCAAAAAGAUUAGAAAUAGAUUUUGCCCCUGCUAUGGUUGGGUUUGACUUCCGCAACGGCCGUUCUGUCCCUGUAUUUAAAGGGAUUGUGGUGUGUGCUGAGUUCAAGGAUGCAAUUUUAGAGGCAUAUGCAGAAGAGGAGGAGAGAAGAGAUGCGGUAGAGAAACACAGAGCAGAAGCAGAAGCACUCUCAAGGUGGUAUCAACUUCUCUCAUCCAUUAUCACCCGCCAAAGGUUAAACAAUGCCUAUGCAAGUGGUGGGCCAUCUAGAGCUCAAAACCUCGACCCUGACAGCUCAGUGAAGAUGACGACGAGUCAAGCAGAAGGGAAUCAAGAAAAGACGUUGGAAAAGAAUAAUCAAUUUUUCUUAGCUGCAGAAGAAGACCGCCAUGAACACGUGUUCUUCCUGCAGGAUGAUCAGACUCUAGAUGCAGAUGGUUCCAACCGCACAAAGCGCUGUUGUUGCGGAUUCUCAAUUCAGUUCGAAGAGUUGUAGAAAAGGGCAUGUUUGACAGGUCGGAAAGCUACCAUUUGUUGUUCGUGAGAUGCCUUGUUCGUGAGAUGCCUUGUUACGUCAAACAGCCGUUUUUCUAUCAUUUUCCUACCAAUCUUAGGCUCUUAGCCUUCUGAUAAUGCAGUUACCAUGUCAAAAUGUUUAAACAUCACCUAAGCGCUAUUUGUUAAACACGGGAAAAUCUAACGGGGGAGUAGUGUUUUUGACGUCCUGUAUUUGGCUCCUCUUAGCUUGUACAUGUUUAUGAAGUUAGGAAUUGGAAUCACCUGGUGUUAACAAAAAAAAGUUAUCC